AUGUCACAACCCGGCCCCUCCAGAUCCAGCCCGGGUUUGUCGCACCCUCGUCGCUUUGAAGAAUCAUGGGUCGAAGUUGCCUCACAACCGUCUUCCUCAUCCUUAUCUAGCAUCGGGGAUGAAAUCGUCACCACUGGUCUGCGCGUUGGAGGUCCAUAUAAUCGCCGUCGUCGCUUACAAGCAUCCGCGCGAUCGUUGCCUCAUCAGCAAACAGCCAUACACGCCGCUGCAGGCACAAGCAGCCAAGAGGAAUAUGACGAGAGCGAGAGCGACGAUGAUCGCAUGCUUACCAGUUCGAUGGAGAACUCCCGACCACCGACCGAAGAUGCUGGCCAAGGCUCGGAUGCAGACUCAGACUCUGACGGCGACGACGCAACUGCCCUUGGUCGUCUUUCUGAUAGACCCGUGUUCCGCCCACAGCCAAAUGCAUUCUCACAUCCGCCUGGAAACGUUCCGCAACGAAGCCACUCUGCUACUUCUAGCAUGCCGCCUCAUCCCCAUAGCGGAUUCACUCGUCCAUCUUUCUCCCAACGCUCACAGUCUCGUGUGAACAGGGGGGCUGGCCCGUCUUUCAUGUCUCCUUCGGUCCGUGAGGACAACGAUGCUGCUUUGCGCGCAUCUCUGACAACGCUGUUAUCUUGCGCGGCUGCGGCCCGAGGAUUACCGAAAUCAAAGGAGGAGGCGGAAGCAUGGCGUGCCUCCCGCAACGGUGUAGGCCCAAGUGAUCAACCCAUGGAGCUUCGAUUCGUACCCGAGUCUGAGUUGGCACAUGAAUCUAUGCAACCACGACCAAUCGCUGCGGGCUCACCGCGAAAGAGAACAUCUCCUGCAAGGUCGCCCACGCGAGCAACUGCACAGGCCGAUAAGACAAAGCGAUCUGGAUCUGCCGGUCGAAGCCCAAGGGCAAGUAAAAAGAAGAAGGUUAUAGCAACCUCUGAGGAAGCUGCUCUCAUCUCGCCCACUCUCUUAACAUGGGUCGUCAGUGCUGGCGUAGUGGUCCUCGUCUCCGUGGUUGGCUUUGGAGCCGGUUACGUUAUUGGACGUGAAGUAGGUCGCCAAGAAGCACAAGAUGCCUUAUCCGCCAGUUUAAGUGCUGCCAACGAAACAACUCACACUGGACGUGAAGUCAUGCGAAGCUCUGGCGGGCUAAGGCGGUUGAGAUGGGGAGCUGGCGCUGUUAGCAAGAGCAUCGUCGCCCAGGCGUAA